UCUAGUUGCAUGGGAAAAAAAUCGGUAGACGGCAGCAAUUUUUACUGAAGAUGAUGUGGAAAGCAUGAAUAAGUUUCACAUAUCAGCUGAAGUAUUCCAGUCUUGGGCCAAAGACAUUGAAAAAAUAUUCCCGGGAGAGUAUUGUAACGUAUGGUAUACGCCAUACAGAUCCGAACGUAGGGAAGUUAUUCAAGCAGAUGGCAGUAAAAUUACCAAACGUAUAAAAAUUGAUGCAAGUGGAAUCUUAUACGAUCAUUACGAUUAUACUUUAAGAGUAUUACGCCAACAAAAUCUGGUACAAUCAGAAGAACUGCCAUCUGAUCAAAUUGUCCCACUCAUUACAGAUGAUUCGCGCAACUCAGCUGAAUGGUUACAAACUCAUGUCGGCCCACCAGACCUUGUCCAACAACACUGGGACACUUCACGUUCUGUAAGAACUUUGCAGUUAAAUCAAGGGACUUCAGUUGUUGAAUAUUAUAAUAACUUCCCUGUUCUUAAAAACCAGCUAGGCGCAGAUUUGGUAAAAUAUAUUUGAUUAACAAAAUUGCGUUAAUGUGAUUAUUAUCUAAUAAGAAUAUUGGUUCAUAAUAUCAAUUGGAUUCAU